AGAAGGGUCGGGCAGUUGCUCCGGGCCUCUCUCUUGGCGGCAGCUGUGGGGGGUCCGGGGCGCUGUAACCCGAAACCUCCCGCCCCUGAGUGCAGCGAAGGAAGGAGGAAGCGGCUCGGGCCGGCGCUGACCAGCAUGUACUGUCUGCUCUGUCAACGUGCGCUCUGACAAUGAGCAUCAACUCCUCCCUCAGCAAUGGGAAGGGCCUGAGAAACCUCACAGCGCAGGAAGACGGGGCAGUCAGAGUCACCGAGUCGAUUGCUAUUAUCGUCAUUGCUAUUUUCAUCUGCUUGGGCAAUUUGGUGAUUGUCGUCACCCUCUAUCGGAAGUCUUACCUCCUUACGCUGAGCAACAAGUUUGUGUUCAGUCUGACACUGUCCAACUUCCUUCUGUCUGUCCUGGUGCUUCCUUUUGUCGUCACCAGCUCCAUCAGACGGGAAUGGAUCUUUGGAGUAGUUUGGUGCAACUUUUCUGCCUUGCUCUAUAUGCUGAUCAGCUCGGCCAGCAUGUUAACUCUUGGUCUCAUUGCUAUAGAUCGGUACUAUGCUGUCUUGUAUCCAAUGGUGUAUCCAAUGAAGAUCACAGGAAACAGAGCAGUUGUAGCCCUUGUUUACGUGUGGCUACACUCCCUUAUUGGCUGCCUUCCUCCUCUCUUUGGCUGGUCUUCCUUGGAGUUCGAUCAAUUCAAAUGGAUGUGUGUGGCUGCGUGGCAUAAGGAGGCAGGCUACACAGCCUUUUGGCAGAUCUGGUGCGCUUUGCUGCCCUUCCUGGUUAUGAUGAUCUGCUACGGAUUCAUAUUUCGCGUGGCUAGGAUUAAAGCGCGCAAGAUUCACUGCGGUAGCGUGGUCAUUGUAGAGGAGGACACUCAGAGGAAUGGGAGAAAGAACUCUAGCACCUCUACCUCCUCUUCGGGCAGUCGAAGGAAUGCUUUCCAAGGGGUUGUCUACUCAGCCAAUCAGUGCAAAGCUUUCAUAACCAUCUUGGUUGUCAUUGGUGCUUUUGUGAUCACAUGGGGGCCCUACAUGGUAGUAAUUACGUCAGAAGCACUUUGGGGGAAAAAUAGUAUUUCUCCUGCUCUGGAGACAUUAGCAACAUGGUUAUCUUUUUCAAGUGCCAUUUGCCAUCCACUGAUUUAUGGACUCUGGAACAAAACAGUGCGCAAAGAACUAUUAGGAAUGUGUUUUGGGGACCGGUAUUACCGGGAGUCAUUUGUUCAGCGUCAUAGGACAGCCAGAUUAUUCAGCAUUUCCAAUAGGAUCACAGAUCUGGGACUAUCUCCCCAUCUCACAGCUCUCAUGGCAGGUGGGCGGCCUUUAGGACACAGCAGCAGCACAGGGGACACUGGUUUCAGCUGCUCUCAGGAUUCAGGGACAGAUGUGAUGCUGCUUGAGGAUUAUAGUUCGGAUGGUGCUCACCACCCACAUUGCGUUUAUCCCUAUCGACGGAGGAGUUCGGUGACAUUCGAAGACGAAGUGGAGCAAAUCAAAGAAGCUGCAAAGAAUUCCAUUCUCCAUGUAAAAGCUGAAGUCCAUAAAUCAUUGGACAGUUAUGCAUCCAGUUUAGCCAAAGCUAUUGAAGCUGAUGUGAAAAUCAGCUUGUUUGGAGAAGAUGCUUUACCAGGAUCUUUGUUUCCUUCACGAACUGUACCAGGCGCCAAUGUGGGUGCACGGCGUGGUGGCAGAGCCCAGGCUGGCCAAAGACUUCAGCUUCAAAGCAUCGAUGAAGGGAAUAUUUGACAAGAGCACUGAACUAGAAGAAACCACUAAGUAGGACCCAGUAUAGUAAUAAUUAUUUUAAAAGAAGCAGAGUAUUCAGAAUGGCUUAACUUCAGUAUUUUAGUCAAGAACACUUGAAAAUACCUGAAUACUUGUCUUUAAAUACAUACAUCUACAUUUUAGAACAGUAUUUACUUACUGUUCAGGAUACUGUAGAUGUGUUUGUGUAAUGUUUUUAUCCAUUAUACAGCACUGGUCCAUCAGAUCAAGUAUCCUUCAGUGGCCAAUUCCUGAUAUUUCAUAGGAAAGCAAAACAAACAAACAAAAAACCCCAUGCAGCAUUAUACAUGGUGUUGUAGAGAUUUUUCUUCCUGACCCAUGGGGCUAUCAAUGUAAUCCCUAAAAGAGGAGAUUUGAUGGCUCUACUUACUGGGAACUUUAAACACAGUGUUAUUUUGGAGAACUGUAAAAAAAUGACAGGAGCAUGGAUUUAACUAAAGCACAAAAUCUGAGCCUAGUUUUCAGAUUUCCAGGAUCCCUUUCAUCCAAACAGGGCCGGCUCCAGACCCCAGCGUGCCAGCGUGCAGGGGAUGCUCCACCGGAGCCGCGGGACCAGCAGACCCUCCGCAGGCACGUCUGCAGGAGGUCCACCGGAGCCGCGGGACCGGCAACCGCCAGAGCGCCCCCCGCAGCGUGCCGCCGUGCUUGGGGCGGCGAAAUUGCUAGAGCCGCCCCUGCAUCCAAAUUACUAUCCUGCUCACCUUUGGUGGUGGAUUAUAUUUUGGACUGUUCAGUCGUAGGAAUACUAAAUAUGAGGCCAUAUUUAUUCCUUUUAUUCCACUGGACAAAUGUUGUACUGCAGAGAGCAGAUGCAUCAUUCUCAUAUGUAUAAUGGGUAGAGGCAGACAAGCACUGGAAAGAUGGCAGAAAGAAAUGGUUUUAGAAGAUGGACAUGCGAUUUUGUUUGGGGUUUUUUAGUUCUCAAUGAGAAUUACGAUUUGCUUUCCUUGUUUUGUUUUUACUUAGAGGCAUUGUACAGCCACUGAGAUUAAAAGGAUGAGAUAGAACAUAAAUACUGUAUUGCCACUUAAUAUUGACGUUAUACAGGAUUCAUCUUUUAGACACAGAAAAUUUUUGUGAGUUGGAUUUUUACAAGGGAGUAUGUCUUUUUGUGGUGUUAAAGCAAUAGCUACCUCAGUGCAAGUAUUUCUUGGAGUUUAACUCGUUAAAUCUUAAAAUAACAAUAUUUAGCACUUAUAUAGCACUUUUCAUGUUCCAAGCGCUGUACAAACAUGAAUUAAUCCUUACAGCCCACUAGCACCAAGAGGCAGGUAGGUGGGUAAGCAGUAUCAUCCCCAUUUUUGCUGAAGCAUUAAAGUGAAAGGCCAAGUUUGUCCAGAAGUUCACUCAUUUUGUGUGACUCAGUUUUUGAGUGCCCACGUGGAAGCUGCAGGUGCUCAAAACCUCUGAAAAUCAGGGACAAGGCACCUCAGUUUGGGCACUUAAAACCUGAGAAUUACUGAGCUCUUGUGACAAUUUGGCUGUGUGUGACUUACCCAAAGCCAUAGACAGAAUAUCAGAGGGUAAAAUCUCUGGAUUUCAUGAAACUCAAUCCCAUUCUUAAACCACUAGAUCACCUCUUUCUCUGGCCCCAGUUCAACAAAGCAUUCAAGCACAUGCGUAAAUCCCUCCCUAUUCAGCAAUGCGCAUAAGCACAUGCCUAAUUUAACUACUUGCUUAUGUCCCAUUGAAGUCAAUGGGAAUUAAGUUUAUGCUUGAAAUUAAACAUGUGAUUUGUUGAAUAAAGAUGGACUGUUGACUUGAGACCUCUACAAUCCAUGAAAUGGGGUGUUUUGCAUAGUUACAAAAUAUUCAGGAAUGAAAUAGUUAAUAACAAUGGAUUGUGAGGAGCUGAUGGCCUGAAAAGUAGCCUAGCGACCCCAGUCACUCAUUCAUUUUACUUUAUUUAAUUUUUCAAUGUAUAAAAUGUAUCUUUUGACAGCUCUGGGCACAUGUCCAAGAAUCUAUAAUCCCAUAAUUGCCAGGAAAUGCCCUGCACCGAGGUCAUUAUUGCCAUUGUAAGAUGAAUAUGCAGGGAGAAAGCUAGGCCACUGGAUUUCUUUUCAUAGGUGAUGCUGUUUUAAUUGCUGUUUAUAUGAACACACACACGGUAUAAUAGCCCAUCCGA